CAGCGGCGGCUCGUUCCCGCCCUCCCCUCCCGCCUUCCCGUACCGGCGCCGGCGUCGGCCCGCCGAGCUUUUCUUCUCCUCCCCCGCCUCUCGGCGCGCUGCCGGGGCUGCGGGCGCCGCGGUGGUGCCCGCACCCCCCUCUCCCUUUCCCGCCCUGGGGAUGAGGCAGCGGUAGCGCGGAAAGAUGGUGGAUGUUGAUGUUUGUGCCGGUGGAGAUAGUACCAGAAGAAAAAUGGACGCCCUGGCAGAUAGUGCUGUUGAGAUUGUCCCUUUGGAGCUCUAUGAUUCAGCCAGAGCAAAAAUAGCUGCUAAUCUACAAUGGAUCUGUGCUAAAGCCUACGGAAUAGAUAAUGUCCCAGAGGAGCUGAAGGACCCAUUUUACAUAGAUCAAUAUGAGCAAGAACAUAUUAAACCACCCGUGAUCAAGCUGCUGCUGUCCAGCGAGCUGUACUGCCGCGUCUGUAGCCUCAUUCUGAAGGGGGAUCAGGUGGCUGCUCUGCAGGGACACCAGUCAGUGAUCCAGGCUCUGUCUCGAAAAGGGAUUUACGUCAUGGAGAGUGAUGAUACACCUGUGUCUGAAUCUGAUCUGGGCUCUGCACCAAUCAAAAUGAGUUCUCAUAUGGCAAUGAUUGAUGCUCUUAUGAUGGCCUAUACUGUUGAAAUGAUCAGCAUUGAGAAGGUGGUUGCCAGUGUCAAGCGUUUCUCUACAUUCAGUGCCUCGAAAGAACUGCCCUAUGAUUUGGAGGAUGCAAUGGUUUUCUGGAUCAACAAGGUCAACCUUAAAAUGAGAGAGAUAACAGAGAAAGAGAUUAAAUUAAAACAGCAACUAAUGGAAAGUCCAGGGCACCAAAAGUCUCCUUCCAAAUGGUAUUGGAAAUUAGUACCUGUGCGUUACCGCAGAGACCAUCUUUCAAGCAGGCAAUUGCCUUACUUCCCUUUGCUUGAAGAUUUGAUGAAGGAUGGUAGUGAUGGUGCUGCUCUUCUGGCUGUAAUACACUAUUAUUGUCCAGAGCACAUGAAACUAGAUGAUAUUUGUUUGAAGGAAGUCACUUCAAUUGCAGACAGCCUCUAUAAUAUUCAGCUUUUGAGAGAAUUCUCAAAUGAGUAUCUAAACAAAUGCUUUUACCUCACAUUGGAGGACAUGUUGUAUGCUCCUUUGGUUUUAAAGCCUAACGUCAUGGUGUUCAUUGCCGAACUCUUCUGGUGGUUUGAGAAUGUCAAACCAGACUUUGUACAACCAAGAGAUAUUCAGGAAAUAAAAGAUGUUAAAACAGUGCUGCAGCAGAAGAGCAGCCGCCCCCCUGUUCCUAUUUCCAAUGCAACCAAGCGAAGCUUCAUGGCCAGCCCUGCUAGUGCAGCUCCUGCAGAUGUGCAGCCCUCACCUCAGGCAGGCCCUGAGUGCAGUAGAUACUACCUGCACCCUGAGGAGUCCGACUAUCUUGGCAAAGGAGGAAGCCCUGCCUUCAGCCCUUCCCAUCCACUGCUGCCCCUCAGGCAAAAGCAACAAAAAUCUCUCCAGGGAGAAGACAGCCCUGGUCAUAGGCAUCGUUCUAACUCUCUGACCCGUGUUGAUGGGCAGCCACGAGGUGCAGUCCUUGCAUGGCCAGAGAGGAAGCCCAGGCCUCUGUCUCAGCCAACACCAUUUGCUCUUCAUCAUUCUGCCAGUACUGAUGUGGACCCUGGGUCUGGUGAUAGCAUUAGUCUGGCCAGAUCCAUCAGCAAAGACAGUCUUGCUUCAAACAUUGUUAACAUCACUCCAAAAAAUCAACCCCAUCCUCCCUCAGCAAAAACCAAUGGGAAGAGCUUGCUGAACAAUGUGGAAAUUGAGGAUGAAGAUGAGGAGCUUAUUGCAAUAAUCAGAUCUGAAGACAGGCCAAACCGUGGUGAUCUUGAGUUGCAGAACGCCUCAGCCAGGGUGCCCAGCAUAGUUACAACUGCAUGGUCUCCAAAGACUCAUAGCGAGACUUCAGAAGGCAAGCCAGAGAGUUUUUACUUGGAGCCUUUAAUGCCUGCAGUUCUAAAACCAGCAAAGGAAAAACAGAUAAUCAAUAAAGAGGAUGAAUGUGGGGAGGGGAAGCAAAGGAGUUUUAUAGCAAAGAGAUUAAAUGAAGGACACCUGUCUUUGAUCCGCAAGAAAGCGAAUAGCAGUCAUGGUGAGCAUGACCUUAAUAGGACUUUUACUCCAAUUUCUAGUACUGAUUUCACUCCAGUUGCAGAUCCCAGCCCUGCAGAUUCAGCAGCACUGCUGGAGGCAAGCUUAGAGGCUUCCAGACCUUUGGCUAGUAGCAGUUUAGAUCCUUCCACUCAGGAGCUGCCCACUGGAGGAUUUUUUCUUCAUGCUGCUAAAUCAGAUGAUGACAUAGCAAGCAAAGUCAACGUCAGUUAUGCAAAAGCUCUCAAUUCGCAUCUUGCGGAUACGACGUGGACCAUGGUGAGACAGGACUCCGACUCAGACCUCUUAGACAUAGAGGAUGCUGACCAAGAUUUGGUAGUCAUAGAUGACCACCCUAUUGUUGCUAAAUACAUUGGUGAGGAGGAGUCUGCAAAACUGCAAGAGGAUAUGAAGGUAAAAGAACACGAAGAUAAGGACGAUGCUAGUGGCCGCUCCAGCCCCUGCUUGAGCACCAUUUCUCAAGUCAGCAGCGUGUCGAUGACGAGUGGCAGCGUUCGGAUGACCAACUUUGCAGAGCGAAAGCUUCAGAGACUUAAUAGCUAUGAAACAAAGUCCAGCACAAGUAGUUCACAGAAGACCACACCAGACGGCUCAGAGAGCUGCCCAGCACCCCUGACCACGUGGAAACAAAAGCGAGAACAAAGCCCCAACAGACAAAAUAAAGACAAUGUUAAUCUUUUAGCCUCGGAAUUGGUGCAGCUUCAUAUGCAGUUGGAAGAGAAACGGAGGGCAAUAGAAGCUCAGAAGAAGAAGAUGGAAGCCUUAUCGGCCAGGCAGCGACUAAAAUUGGGCAAGGCAGCUUUCUUGCAUGUGGUUAAAAAAGGGAAAUCUCCUGAUGCUCCGCAGCCUCUUAGACCAGAACACUUUGCAAAAGAGUUCUCUCGGCACAACGGUGAAGACUUAGAUGAAGUUUCUUUAGGUUCCAAAUCUGAGGAGUUUCUCGUGAAAGAGGAGGAGAGAGAAGAAAUGCUGAAUGAUUCUCAAGAAGUAACAAAAGUGAAAAUGCAAGAAAGCCUGGCUUUUGCUGAGCCACAUAAACCAAAAGACUCUGCUGCUAUGCAUGACUUGGAAAAAAGUAAAAUGAUUUCUGUUGCCCUCCUAGAAGACAACGUGACAGAGGUGGAUAUAAACGAAUGUGAUCUCUCUAUUGAAAAGCUAAAUGAAACAAUCAGUACACUCCAGCAGGCUAUACUAAAGAUUUCUCAGCAACAAGAACUGCUGAUGAAAUCUCCGACAGUGCCAACACCAGGACCCAGAAGUAACUCUCAGGACCAAAAGGUAAAACCAUCAAUUCAUUUUGUUGAGCCCCUGUCUCCCACUGGAAUGAACAGUCUUCGGAAGCCACCUCGAUUUGGCCAAGGAAGGAGUUCUCGAUCAGGCCGACCAACUGAUCUGAAAGUCACUAAAGACAGACAGCAAAACUCAGCACGUGUUAAAACCCCGACACAGACCCUAGAAACCUUACCACACUUAAGACCAUUUCCACCAAACAGCUUGGCUAAGACACCAACAGACAUCAGUUUGGAAAGUAGCCCUGAUCAUGGAAGUGCUGCUCAAGAGAAGUGUUUCUUUGAUACCUAUAGACUUCAUGAUGAGAGCAAUCAACGGGCUCUUGCUCUCUCCACCUCCAAAGAUGCAAAUAUUAUUUCUGAAAUGAGCAAUGAGGUGAAUGACAGCUUCAAGGACACAGGCUUGAAUUCUUCUGAUGGCUCAGGAAAAGAAAAUGUCCCAGUGGAUGAGCCACUGAGAAGCAAAGCUAAUCUCAUUGAGGUAGACUUGUCUGAAUUAAAAGCUCCUGAUGAAGGAGAGCUUGAAAACCAGGACAGCUCUGCAGACAUAAUCAGUGAAAGUGAUCAGAAAUCUGGUGUGGGCUUUUUCUUCAAGGAUGAACAGAAAGCAGAAGAUGAGCUUGCAAAAAAGCGCGCGGCAUUCCUCUUGAAACAGCAGCGCAAAGCGGAGGAGGCUCGGCUUCGGAAGCAGCAGUUGGAGGCUGAAGUAGAGCAAAAAAGAGAUGAAGCUCGGCGCAAAGCCGAGGAAGACCGAAUACGGAAAGAAGAGGAGAAGGCUCGAAGAGAACUGAUCAAGCAAGAAUACCUAAGGAAAAAACAGCAGCAAAUUCUGGAGGAGCAAGGGCUUGGAAAGCCCAAAUCAAAGCCCAAAAAACCUAGGCCAAAGUCAGUCCAUCGUGAAGAAUCUUACAGCGAUUCAGGGACAAAGUGCUCUUCCACACCUGAUAAUCUGAGCAGUGCUCAGUCUGGUUCCAGCCUGUCUUUGGCCUCAGCAGCAACAACUGAACCUGAAAGCGUACACUCUGGUGGAACGCCGUCUCAGAGAGUUGAGUCAAUGGAGUCCUUACCCAUACUGAGCAGAAAUCCUAGCAGAAACACAGAAAGAGACUGGGAGAAUGCUUCAACAGCAUCUUCUAUUGCUUCAGUGGCAGAAUACACAGGUCCAAAAUUAUUUAAGGAGCCCAGCAGCAAAUCAAACAAACCCAUUAUUCACAAUGCAAUAUCUCAUUGCUGUCUUGCUGGAAAAGUGAAUGAGCCACAUAAGAAUUCAAUAUUAGAGGAACUAGAAAAAUGUGAUGCCAACCACUACAUCAUUCUGUUCCGCGAUGCCGGCUGCCAGUUCCGAGCACUUUAUUGCUACUACCCUGACACUGAAGAAAUCUACAAGCUGACUGGAACAGGGCCAAAGAGCAUCACCAAGAAAAUGAUUGACAAACUUUAUAAGUACAGUUCGGACAGAAAACAGUUUAAUGUGAUUCCAGCCAAAACCAUGUCUGUCAGCGUGGAUGCCCUCACCAUCCAUAACCACUUGUGGCAAGCCAAGCGACCUGCAGUGCCAAAGAAGACUCAGACUCGUAAAUGACACUGAGUUCUUAGGGAGAAGAUUGCUGAAUGGGAUUGCAUCAGAAGAAGACAUGUUUACCAUUUUCCUCCAGUUUGGUAUGAAAUGUGCAGAACCAUAAACAUUUUUUAAGAUGCUUCUAAACGGCCCCCCGUGGAUGCAAAGCUCUGAAGAAUGAAGGAACAUUGCCAGUGUUUUGGGUUUGUUGUUUUUUAAUUAAUGAUAAUCUGCUGUUACACCCAAUGCUGACUACUGUGGCUUUCAACUGAUGAGGGACUGUGCAUGUAGCGAGAUCUUUAACAAGUGGAUUUCCUUUUACUUGAAGCUUUUCAUCGGUACCAAUUGGGAAUAAUUUAGUUCUCUUUCCUCUCCACCUCAUCCCUUCCUUUUUCCUCUCGUUCUUACAGUUGGCAAGCUCCAAACUUCAGUGAAAGGAUUGACCAGAUCUGGGGUGAAGUGCUGUGGGUUUGGGUUGGUUGGUUGGUUGUUUUUUAAACAGUCUGUAGGGAAAAUCUCCCUUUCAAACUACUUCUGUGGAACUGUUUAAUACGUCAAAUUGUCGUACUGUAUCUACUGCCAAUGUAAGUCCAGCUCUCAGAUUUCUGACAAAAGCCCCAACUUGUGCUGCUCAGACCAGUUGACUUGCAGUCUGUUUAGGAUAAGCCUUGUGAGGAUUGCAGAAGCCAGUGUCUUUUUUUAAACACAAAAAUACCCCCAUUCACAAAUGUGAAGCUAUCUGGAAUACAAUCAUGAAGAGGCAUCCAGGUGCUACUGGCUGCAAUAUGCCUGAGUGACACUUAUAAGGCAAGCUGACUGGAGCACAGUUAAUGCUGAUUUCAGUUUCAGGUAGUGUCCUAAAGAUUUGGUUUGCUUUACUAAAGAUGGAUUCUGAUAGAUGUAGAACAUUUCCACUCUGAGCACGCUACUCCUGUACGAUGGUGCACUUAAUGAUCACAAAUUUUAAUGUUUUUAUUACAUCAUGAAAUGUAAUUCUACUUUCUUUGUCCUGUCUUUAUUCUGAAUGAGCAGCAUGCUCUCAAACAAAGAGUGUUAUGGGUUUUUUUUUUAGUUUUGGGUGAUAUAUUAAUAUAUAUUAAUUUGUUGGGGUGGUUUUGUUUUGGUUUGUUUUUUUUUUUCCUUCUCAUUUAAAAACAAUUUUUAAACAGAGACAUUUGCAUUUGUUUCAGAAGCCCCAAAAAGUCCAAUGGCUUGGAUUUCUUUUCAUGUUGAAAUAUUAAAUCUUGAGUUAUGACCUUCAAAGUUGUCGUGUUUCAGCAGAUUAAAUUUUUGUCUGUGGUAACAGGGUGCAAUUGCAGUUCAGUUUCUUAUUUUUUAUUGUUAUUUAAACACUCCCAUUCCCCAUUUUCUUUCUUAUGUUUUUUUUGUGCCCUGGUUAAACUUCCCAGGAGAUUUUUGUAGCUGUAACCUAAUUUCAUCUGCUAACCUGCGCCUGCUACAUCUGGUGUGACACUACUACCUUUUGAGGGUCUUCUAGGUUUAUACCUUUUGGUUUGCACAUGUUUACUUUUUAUUUGAAGUGUUACUUGAAUAUGGAUCUGAAGUGCAAGAGGCACUACUCCAUCCUAGUGAUGACCUGAGCUCUAAACUCCAGUGCAGUGUAAUUAGUAAAUGUUGAGUAUAAUAGAAGUUGUGAGGAGUUCUGUACAGAAGGGGGAAUAGGGUAUGUGAUAAAGUGCUGACUAGGUAGAGCAAAGUGAAGGUCUUCCAUUGCAGUCUCUCCAUUUUUAGUUUGUUUUUUUUCCUCCCCUUCCAGUGCUCCCUGACUAGGCUGCUGCAACUCUGUAAAUGAUGUUAGAUAGUUUUGCUGCUUGUAAAUAAUUAAAAGGCUUUAUGGUUUCUAAAGUGCUAAGUAUUAAACACCGUCAUGAGUGUAACUUUUGUUACCAUGCUUUUCCAUGCUUCUGCUUUAUUUCUCACUGUUUGAUAUGAUAUACCAUAUUUAUUUUAUGAAACACUGAAAUUUAAUAAAAACCAUUAACUGAUUUCCUUUUUUAUUUCAUGUGUGCUUUUGAUGUUGUGACAUUUCAUCCCCUCCCGGAACUAAUAUGCUUUAAAGAUGUGCUGUUCUCUUCUGUUGUGCGCUCACAAAGCUUCACCCCUGAGUAGCUGCAACAAUGUUACGAGCUUGGCUCUCCUGACCCUCAUUGCAGUGUGCAAGGGUUUGACCAUAAAGCUCCCAGAAAACUGGAAAGUAGCUUAAGAGUCUCUUUAAGGAUUUCUUUCAUCCAUCUUCAUUCCCUUGAAUCUGGCUGGGAAGGUUUGCUUUGUUCUAUGGAUUCAAUUAGAGAGUUUUGGAAGCCCCAAGGGAAUUUGUGCUGUUGGGCUCUUCAGUGCUAGCUUGCUUGUGGUUUGUAAAGAGCAGUUGCCUCUAGAAGUUAGACAUAAGCUGGUUGUGGAGGCUUCAUGAUGAAUCAGUCUUGGUUGCACUGAAGUGAAGUGUGUAUUCUCAAAGCAGAAUCUUUACCAAUGCAGAAAUAAUUUUUUGUGACUACAGUAAGUUUUUUUUGAGGAGGAUAGUCCUUGUUUGUAGAGAACUGUGUGAAAGAACUCAAGCAGUGAUUCCAGUGAUCUGUGUUUUCAUUCAGGAUGAGCUUUUGCUGCUCAGAGGAAGGGCUGGAAUAAAAGGAGGCAAAUGUCCUCCUGGAUCUCACCACGCUAGAUCAGAUCCUUAUUUUUACUGCUACACUGUGGCUUCAUUUAUGACUGGAAGCAAUAGGAGGUGACAUCCAUUUGGAAAGGGAGAGGAGGCUGGGAGUUCCUCAUCUGCAGGCAGCAUUAGUUGCAAGCUGAGGCUCAUAGAGGAAUAAGUCAUUUUCUAAGAGAAUAAAUUCUCUGAAAAACCAGUAGUCAGUUUUGGUUCUCGAGCAAGCAUUAAUCUCUAAUGCCUUGUCAAGGGUUGUGGUGUGUUCAUGUAGUCUGGAAACGGGAAGAGGGGGAAGGUUUCAUGUAAGAGCAUAACAGAAUUUGUGGGUGAAUAUGCAUAGGCAUGUGGGAAAACUGCAGCUGUGUGUAGGCACAUGCAGACUGUGUUUUGCAGCAGGAGGAAUAGCUCCUUCUCUUAAGUGGGGUUUGUGUAAUCCAAAAUGUCAACUGAAACACGUUGGGUGCUUGGUGUCAGCCCAGGGUAGGAUGUGGCUGUAGGACUGUUACAGCAGGUGUUGUGGUAACUUUAUCAAAUUGGGAAUGCCAGAGGAUUUCUGGCUGUGGUUUCAGUGCCAUGGUCCUUAAAGCUUCACUUUCCAAGACUGAAAAUCAUGAUAGUUAGGUGAGCUGUACACUAGUAACUGUCAGCAUCUUAUUUGCUGAUGUGGCUUCUAGAAAGCAGUGCUUAGAAUCUGCGCUUCAGUCCUUUCUGCAGCCUCUGGAGUACUGUGUAAGUACCCUUAGAGCUGGAAUGUGGGGAGAUGUUGGUUAUUUCAAGAGUGUGGAGUUGUGCUGUGCCUGGGUGCCUCCCGUAGACAGAAAUCAUUUGCCAACCUGCAGCAGAAGUUCAGUUUGGUUUUCAUCAGGAUGAACUGAAGGCUGAGUUGUUCCCUCUUUAGCUGUGGCAAAGCAGAACUGUCAAAAAAUCCUUCCAGCUGCUCAUAGAGGUUGUGUCCUGAGAGGUUGGGCAGGAGGAGUGAGUGGGAGCUUUAGGUACAUUUACUUUGUCAGCUCUUCCUGCUGACAGCAGAAGGACAAAAAAGCUGCAAGAGCUGUCUCAAAACAAGGGGGUUUAAAAAUUAUUAUUCUGCUGAGUCUGUGCCUGAGCUGAGCAAUCUGUCAGCCUUCUGGACCACAGUGCUCACUCUGAGCUGGAGAAGCAGUUUCCCACACAGAAGAGUACAAAAGUAGAUCUGUUUGUGACCUCUCUCCAUUUCUUCCACACAAUAAAUACAAGAAUGUACAUCUUUAAAGUGCCUUUGAAGUGCAAUUUCUUUUCCUCCAACGUUCGUCCAUCAGUCCGCUGUGUAUUUACAUGUGCUGUUUGCAUCUGUAGUUGAUGUCUUUUGUCUCAUUUCCAUUGUGCUCUCUGCUGGAGUUAAAGACUUCAGGCAAAAAUAAUCUGAGUUUUGAAAGCACUGCUUUAUUUUAAAGGCCUUCAGAAAGUUCAGCACUGUGCCAAAACCACAAUCUGCCUUUUCUCCUUGCUACACUGGAGGCUUAAGGUGGAGAAACUGGCGGUCACUGGAGCCUUCACUUCCUACAACCAAAGCUUUGGGACCAUAAAUAAGAGUAGCACAAACUGACAUCUCAGGACCUGAAUUUUCCUUUUGCCUUUCCCCCUGCCCUGAGUUUUCAGGACCGAUCACUAGAGGCAGUGUCAGAACACUCAAAGCCCUCUCACCCUUUUUGGAUUUGUUUAAAUACAGCAGCAAAUACCAUGUGGCAUCUUCACCCUCAACUGGAGUUUCAGUAGCUCUUGUACUUCUUGACAGCAGGAUCACACCUGGGAUUUAUAGCCCAUCUUUAUGGCUGUGCAUGAAGCCAUUAUGCUUGUCCAAUUACUGUUCUGUCAAUUAGGAGUUUAAAUGUAAUUCUUUUUUAAGUGGUUCAGUGAGAGGCAGGUGGCUGCAUUCUGGUGUGGCUGAGGGUGGUGGGGGAUGAGUUGCAGGCUGUGAUUCUUGCAGCUACCAUCAAACAAUAGCUGAAUUCUAAGCCUUCAGAGCAGGCUGUGAUUUCUGUAGCACUCCAGAAAGUAACACAAAGUUGUGGGGUUUUGUUUGAGGGUUGGUUGGGGUUUUUUUUGAGAGAGAUUGAUUCUUGUCCCCAUUUUUUUAACUGCUGUGUUACAUGUGCAGAACUGGAGCAAUCUGUGCAGUAUUUUGUGGGGGAGGUGUUUUGUGUAUGUGUGUGUGAGAGCUUCUGAGAAGUGAAAACUUUGAUACCAUGUCCUUCAGGCUGAUUUUGAACUGGAGGAUAUUCAUGUGGUCAACUUGAAUGUCUAUAUACUUAUAUUAAUAUCAAAGCAGCAGCUUUGGACACAUUAAAGCCACAAACCCAGCAUCCUUGUCCACACAUUGAUCAGAUGUUCUGUGGUUUAAUGAUAUUUAUAUAUGGAAGACUAUUAAAAAUGGGAGAUAAAAUUUA